AAGACGUGUCUGGGAAAAGCGCGGAAUAGAAUAUGGGAAGUACCUAGGAUGGAAACUGGAAGCUUAGACAUUACGAAAAAGGUUUUUUUAAUAUUCAACACGACAAACACACACGCACGCACGCACACACACAUAUACACUCACAAAACACAGUUGAUUGUUGUUAGUUGUUACUGAAAGGAGUAGUAGUAGAUCAAUUGUGAUCGGAUUUUGCAUUGAUUUCCAGCUCUUUUAGGGCAGCACGGCGCAGCCAUAAAACUUAGUGCUAGCACGGCAAAACUAGAGCUAAGAGGGAGCUAGACGAAUAAUUAAAUUUCCCCAGCCAGCCAGCGAUAAACCCAUCCAAUCAUACACCACCUCACACAUCAAGUCUCAGACCACACCGAGUAGCAAUAGUAGCAGUAGUACUAAUCUAGCCAGGUAGUGUUGUAAUAGCAACAGUGUUCCGCUUAUACUAGAUGCCCGAAGCACGCGAUGGAGCAAUGUUAGUUCGAUUUUUAGAAAUUAAAGCAAAGGAAGAACGCAAACACUUGCGCGGAUAAUGUGAAAGCGCAUCAGCCAAGUCCACCAAUGAGAUCCGGUUGAAGGAGAAAAAUGUCGACGGGACGGCUGGACUCUAUUCCUUAGCAUUACUCUUUACACCACGCAACACACAGACCCUUAUUUUGCUUUAGUCACUGUUUUUAGCUUGUAUCGGUCAUGUGCCUGGGUCAUGUAUCGCUCGCAUCCCACCCUUCUCACACACAAUUGAUGUAUGUGCGCUGUGUUAAGUUAGUUCUUCGACUCCUUCUCCUGCCCUAAAGCUAAUCAUACAACUAACUACGACUACUUAUUCCUCUCCAUCGUAAAUUCGCCUUACGGCGGUGAUGUUGCACGUUUUCUAAUACUGGAUACUAUUCCAUCUGCGCUUUGUUCUACUGUGGUUGCCUUAUGAACGUUAGAUCACGAGAGAAAGAGAGAGAGAAAGGUGUAGCAAGAGAGGAAAAGGAAUGGACUGUGGAGACGGUGGAUAAGAAGUGUUGAAAUGAAUGUUGGGAUUGGAAUGCACACUAGUGAUGGGAAAAUGCAUAAGUUAACCAAAUCGCGGUGCGGGGUAGUGCGGCAGUCCAGUGAGAUUAAGGAUCAAGCAGAGAAUCGCGGUCCGUAUGUAUCGUCCUACAUUGUUACCGUACCGCAAUGCUUGGCUCGAGCGAUUUUCGUUCUCUCACCUUCGGCCCUCACCCAGGCGAAUGUCCUACUCCGAAACUCUAUUUACACACCGCGAGGUGAUUAUGAUGGUCCGGCGAGUGGGGAUAAUACAUUGCAAAGAGCUUUAUCGUAGUUGUUUUUUGUGGUAGAAUCAAGUCAAAAUGAAAAGAAAGAGAGCGGUUAGUGGAAGGGAAGAGCCAGAGGGACAGUGAGAGAGAGAUUCGCCGAACGUAAGAUUUGCGUAAGUUUUAACCGAACCGAAACUACUAUUUGGAAUACAC